AUGCCUAUGACGAGGAGAGGGGAAACGCUUCGGCAGCAGCGAGGGGACGAUGUCACAGAGGGAGAGGAGAGCACCAUCGAGCACGGCCACGUGGACGGAGCUGCGCGAGCCGGCUCGACACAGCAACCAGCACCCCAGCUCCCCGAACACUUCCUAUCCGCGUUGAUGGAAACGAUCACGCGUGCGCAAGUGGAAGCAAAUAGAAGCCUUAUCAAUUCUCUGAUGACGUCCAGCAGUGAAUUUAGGGCCUCCACCCCAGUCGUGGCCUCUCAAACAAAUAAUGUGAACAGCGGGAGUGGUACUGCUGCCAGCGUCGCGAGUGUCGACGCCAAUUUUACUAAGUGCACAGCGCGGUUCAACGGGUCGUCCCAGGACGCCGAGGUAUUAGAAGCGUUCCUGGAUGCCGUCGAGAUAUUUAAGGAGUGUGCGGCCGUGAGUGACGAGCUCGCACUCCGCGGAUUGCCGAUGUUGCUGGAGGGUGAAGCGGCAGUAUGGUGGCGCGGCGUUAAGGCGUUGGUGACUACAUGGGCGGACGCGGUCGCCCGCCUACGCGCGGCGUAUGGCGUGGCGCAGCCCGCGCAUCAGAUCCUACGGCAGAUCUUCGCGACGGAGCAGCAAGAAGAAGAACGCGCCGAGUCGUUUUUGUGUAAAGUGCGAGCGUUAAUUGCAAAGUUACCGUAUAAGCUCGAUGAAAUAGUGCAAGUUGAUAUUUGUUACGGGUUAUUACACCGACGUAUUGUUAAAAGAGUUUCCCGCGAUAAUGUUCGUAAUUUAGAUGACUUAAUGUAUAAAACGAGGAUCGCGGAGGAUAUGUAUAAAACUCUUAAGUUU